UAUGCUCUACGACCAUGUUUUUACUCCUGUUUCCUCUCAUCUGGAGAGAAGUGCAAGUUAGCUAGUAAAGCUUGCAGACUGUGCAUGUGGUCUUGCAGCAUGCUGACAUAAAGACUGGAAAUGAAAGCUGGUUGUCUCAACCUCUACGACAAAAGAUGUGAUGCCAUCUGCAAUUUUGUCAUUUGCAAUGACUCCUCCCUCCGCAGCCAGCCGAUCAUCUUCAAUCCUGACUUCUUUGUAGAAAAGCUACGCCAUGAAAAACCGGAGGUGUUCACAGAGCUGGUUGUCAGCAACAUUACCAGGCUCAUUGACUUGCCAGGGGCAGAGCUGGCCCAGCUGAUGGGAGAGGAGGACCCAAAGCUGCCUGGGGCAAACAGUACAGCCUCUGGAUUUUUUCGUUCUCUGAUGUCUCUGAAGCGCAAGGAGAAAGGGGUGGUGUUUGGCUCGCCGCUGACAGAAGAAGGCAUUGCACAGGUCUCCCAGCUAAUCGAGUACCUGCACAAAAAUUUAAGAGCAGAAGGCUUGUUUCGCAUACCAGGCAACAGCAUCAGGCAACAGAUCCUAAAGGAUGCUCUGAACAGUGGUACAGAUAUUGACCUGGACUCUGGGGAGUUUCAUUCCAAUGAUGUGGCCACCCUGCUAAAGGUGUUCCUGGGUGAAUUGCCAGAGCCGCUGCUGACACACAAGCACUUCCAUGCCCACCUCAAAAUUGCAGACUUGAUGCUGUUUGAUGAGAAGGGAAAUAAGACCAGCACUCCAGACAAAGAGCGCCAGAUUGAAGCCCUCCAGCUGCUGUUUUUGAUCCUUCCUGCACCUAACCGCAGUCUGCUCAAACUGCUGCUGGACUUGCUCUACCAGACUGCCAAGAAACAGGACAAGAACAAGAUGUCUGCCCACAAUCUUGCCCUCAUGUUUGCACCACACAUCUUAUGGCCCAGAAAUGUGACAGCAAAUGACCUCCAGGAGAAUAUCACAAAGCUAAACAAUGGAGUGACCUUCAUGAUCAAACACUCUCAGAAACUCUUCAAGGCCCCAGCGUACAUCCGGGAGUGUGCCAGGCUGCACUACCUGGGAUCCAGAGCCCACACAUCAAAGGAUGACCUGGAUUUGCUGGCGUCUCCUGGCUCCAUGGAGCUGCAGCCCCUCAAGUCUCAGAAGCGAAGCCGGCUGGACAGUUGCCAUCAGGAGGAGACCCAGCAGCGCACAGAGGAGGCACUGAAAGAGCUUUUCCGCCAUGUCCACAAUAUGCCUGACUCCGCAAAGAAGAAGAAGCUCAUCCGGCAGUUUAAUAAGCAUCCUAUGGCUCUCACUCCUGGAUCUGAUAUACCUGCAUCCCCAGCACCGCGACGCACCCGCUCACGCUCUUUCAGCGGCCUCAUUAAGAGGAAAGUUUUGGGAACCCCAGGUGUUGUGGAGAGGAAGAGCAGGGAUGCCACACCGGAGCCCGAGAGAGUCAGCAAAGAGAAUAUUCACCUGUUACAGAAAUGUGGCUCUCCAGCUCACAUGUCCCAAACGAAGCUGAAAUCUUUGGAGGGCCGGAAAGAGGAAUCUUGUAGACGCAUACGAACCCACCUGCUUUCCAAGGAUUCAUCAUCCCUCUGAAUCACCUCGCACCAAUGCAUGGGUGAAGAAUGCCCAGCCUUGCAAGCUGUGAAUAAUGAGCUGUGUUGAGAGGAGAGUGCUGCAGGCUCACGGCAACCCUCACCAACAUGGCAACGCUCUUGAAACUGGACCUUUGCAAAGGCUGCAGGGACUUGUUUCAUUCUGUAUAUAAAUUAUAUUUCAUUCCACUAUGGGGCAAACCACUAUCUAACCAAAAUGUGUGCAGCAUGUCUGACCUGGCUCUGGGAAGAGCUGGAGUGCUUGCUUACAAGAAGAGCCCUGUACGUUGCAGGGCUGUUUGCACUCCCAGCUUUCUCUGCAGUGUUGCUAAGCUGUAUUUUUGCAGGUUUUCUGCUCUGAGACGUUAACGUGUUGGCUUGUUUUUACUCCCUCACCUCUGUUAGCAGUGAGAACGAUGGACCCUAACCUUUACUUCCAUCCUGUCAGUUAACCUUACUUUCAGGCCUCCUCUGGAGCCAUGCCCUCCUUUUCUUCCUCCGAGCUCCGUUUUGCCCUGUUCUUGCUGGAGUGCACAAAAUGGUACGGGGCCCAGAAUGAACCUGGGAAAAGAAGAGAGGUUCCAGAUGCCAGCAUUUCAAGUGGGGCCAAGGGAAAGCAGAUUCCCCAAUAAACUCAUCCCUCUGUUUCAGCUUGAGCUGAAAGGUGAGGAGGCAGCCCUUGCUCACUGCCUUUGUGUUUCCGUGGCACAGCUCUACCUGGUGAGCAAGGAGCAUCUGCUUUGUGUUCACCCAGGAAGGCUAAACCGAGCGGAGCAGGAGACUGGCAAAGACUGUCUGGGGCAGGACAGCCCAGUCCUUGGAAACUGGGAUGUCUGGGGCAGGCAGGCCCUGGCAGCUGUUUGUACAGCAUAGGAAUAUCAGCAUGAGAGGUGAGGGAGGGCUUUGGCCGUUUGGGAUCUGCUGCAAAUGGUGCCAAAGGUAUUGGCUCAAGAUAUCUGGAUGGCUGGUCAGGCAACUGGCUGAUUAGUCAUUAACCUGGAAGGGGCUGGAGCUGGCUUCAGCUCUCUGGCCUGAGCUGCAGAAAUGGGAUGAAACCAUCUAGAUACGGCAUAAGCCCCUAUCACAGCUGGCCAGUGUCAGCUGCCAUGUUAAGCUAAAGUGCUCCAAUAAGCUAGUCUUGCCAAGUACCUGUCUGCAAGCUCUCUGGGGUGGGAAACACACAGGGUCACUACUGUGAAAUAAAGAUUUAAUCAGCUGGGGAACCAUCUAAAUACUUCUCAGCCCUUCUUGGUGAAGCAAAUAAUCUCUGGAAUCCAAUUAUAAUUGUCUUCUAAUCUUUAAGAACCAGCAGCCGGCAGGAGUUGGAGCUCUGUCCUUGACAGCUUUCUGAGACAACUGGUGGCAGGAGGUGUGAAUAUUGGGAUGUGGACAGGGUUUUCGGUCCGACUGGCUAGAGCUGUCAAAACAGGGCAUCGGAGCCCUAAGCGGCAUAGCUGGAAUUUGUCACCUUUUUUUUUUUUUUUUUUUGCUGUGAUUUAUUUUUUUUCUUGUGAUGCAAAGCUAUGUGCCUCAAGCUGCUCUGUCAAAAGGGAUAUUUCUGCUACUUUAUCGAGGGGGCCUGUCCCCAGUCUGACCCCACAUCGGAAGAUCUGCCUUGAAUAUCUAGGGGGGUAGUGCAACUGUAGACGUGUGAGUUGGGAGCUGCUGGUGUUAGGAGCCUCUGUCACAGCAAAGAAAGAGCUCUGGUUCUUCAGGGACCAGGCAGGCGAGGAUGCUGUGAGGAAGGGCAGAGGCUGUUUGUUGGGAUAGUAGUAUGUGCUUUUUGGAUGUGUCUGUAUUCAUUCCCUCUGGAGGCUGAAGCAAUCUGUGUACUCUUCUCCGAAGGGCACUGUGUGUUUUGCUGACUGCACUUCUACCCUGCCCCUGCUCUCUGCUGGUAGCAGAGACCUGAGGUUCUCAGCUUUGCCUCUAAUCAGAAAUUAGAUGGAGCCAAAGGUCAAGUGGCAGCAUAGAGAGAGUGGGGUCUGGUCCUGCUACUUCUGCUUAAGCAUUUGUUCAUCCCAUCCCUCCCCUCCACAUUGCUCCUAGCUUACUUGGACAUAUAUCUCUAUGUGUCUGCUUGGCAAAGCAAUCUUGUUCCUAGGAAUAAAUACACUGCUCCUGUAUAGAUGAGAGGAAUUUAACUCUUCUUUCCGCUGUUGCCCCUUACUGAUGGCUCUGACUCAGGGAUUCUAUCUGGCUUCUGGCACAGCUGAGAUUUGCUUAGCUCUAAGAAAAAUUAUCUAUGGGGCAUCAGCCCAGCAUUCUGUGUGUCUUUGACACCCUUCUUUCCAAAGCGGCAGGUGCAGUCUCCAGACAGGGCAGUCCUAGGAGGUGUUUCAUGCCCUGGGCUGUCUUCCCUCUGCAGAGAAUGGCGGUGGCUGACUGAUCUGGCCUUUAGGACCCUUGGCUGUUGCAGUUCCAAUGUGUUCACACUGUUUUAGAGGCGAGGGGGAGUUUUAGUCAUGCUUGGAUGUGUCUCAUUUGUCUGCCCUGUGCAAUGACUCACAAUGAUGCUUUCUCCCAGAGCAGCCACUAACUGAUUCCAGAGUCUGUUGUUUCCAAAGUAUUUUUAAUCUUUGUGCUUAUUUAUACAUGCUAUGUUAUGUACUGUUCCAGACUGUUGCCUUUCUGUGUGUUUAUGUGAAACCCCCAUAUUAAAUGCUUUUAUUUUUAGUGGUUCUGUUCAGUGACUUAAGCAGUUUCAUUGGGACAACGAGGACUUGGUGGUGCAUCCACCUUCAAAAGGAAGGAAAUGUCUGCUCAGAACAUCAGAGCCGCUACCUUUAAGUGUGGGGGUGCUUGGUGAGGUGCUGCUCGCCUGCAGGGACAGUGCUGGCUUCCCGCAGCACUGGAGCUUGUUCCCUCUCCAGGAUCCUUGUGUGAUGCAGGGUCCCUAGAUGGGCUGUCUUUCCCUUGGAGGUAAGAAGUUGGACCUCUUCUUUUCCUGUCUUCCCCCUGCUGUCAUCCAGAGUGAUGGGAAAUCAGGUUUACAAAGAGGACUUUAUAUAAAUAAUGGAUCAAAUGAAUACAUUUUUCUCAGUCAAACCAUUCUUCUCUUGCCACUCUUGGCUGCCGAGGGAGGAUGGUUUCCGCUUGCAUUUUCUUUUCCUCCUCCUUAAUAAUGGCAUCUCAGAUUUUAUGCAGAUCAUUUCUCUGUGAAGUUCUUCCACGUUUGAAAUGCCCUGGGCUUGCCUGCCGUGGCUCAGACACUCAUUAACAUCCUCGCCGUGCUAUUGAAAAUCAAGCAGGAGAAGCAAGCGGCAUGGUACACUUGAAACCAGCACUGCCUUCCUGCAGGGUGAGCUUCGAGCGGGCCCCGUUCUCCUCUGGGGCUGCAGUUGGGUGUCACGGGACCAGUGCACCCCAUCUCCCCAGGGCUCGGGGAGUGGGAGGGGGUGGGCCUGUGUGCACUUGAAAGUGGGCAGGGGAGCCCAGAGAGACAUUUCUGCUUUUGGAAACACUGAACAAAGGAAUGCAAAAACUCACAAUAGCUAUUUUGAAUACUGCAAACCCAAAUAUUGCUUCCCUGAUAACGCUGAGACAGCUGUGAUUCAAACUGACAGCUUUAUAUGGCUUUGAUAAUUUAAAAAAUGAAUCGUUUUCUGCCCCUGAAGCCACAACCCAAGCACUUAUGCUUGGUUGCAAGUGAAAAGACAGCAGUCAUUCAGGCCAAACACCGGGUGAAGGUACAUAUUUAGAGGGGGAUCGCUCAGCUUUCAGUCUGUUUGCUUUGGCCUGUUGGUAUUUCUGCACAGCAGUAGCGUUACAAAGCAAACAAGCAGCGCUCAUCCUUCGUUUCAUUAAACAAUUUUUAUCUCAAAUUGCGCAGCACAGACUUGCAAAUAA